UUGUUCAUCAAACACUUCUAAGCGUUUGUACAUCGAAUUCCGCGGUUGAGAUUGUCAUUUGAAUGAACAAAUUACUAGCUCACUCAAUAUUAAGUUUGAUUAUAAAAACUUCAUAUUGGUAAGUUUGGUUAAAUUGCAGGAUCUCUUUCAACAAGCUCAUAGUGCAUAAUUAACCAAGCGAAGCCCCUCCCAGGGAAGACCCUUUUGGCAUUGUCAAAUGGAGCAAGAAAUGGAGAAGAGGAAGGAAGGUACAAGUGAAGAAGAGAAAUGGGUGCAUGAUGCAUCUGUGGAUUAUAAAGGAAGACUUCCUUUCCGUGCUUCCACGGGCGUAUGGAAAGCUUCUCUUUUUGUUCUUAUAUUUGAAUUUAGUGAAAGGAUAAGCUACUUUGCGAUGUUCUCUAAUCUUAUCACGUACCUGACUAAAGUGAUCCAUCAAGACCUCAGUACAGCUGCCAAGAGUGUAAACUACUGGGCAGGAACAACAACCUUGAUGCCUCUGGUUGGGGGAUUUGUUGCUGAUGCCUACACUGGUGGAUUUAACAUGAUCAUAUUUUCUUCCCUCGUAUACUUAAUGGGAUUAAGCCUCUUGAUUCUGUCACAAUUCAUCCCAAGUCUAAAGCCAAACAACAAUAAUCAGCCUAGGGUGGCUCAUGAAGUGGCUUUCUUCCUUGCCAUUUACUGCAUCUCCUUGGGCACUGGGGGACACAAACCAUGCUUGCAAAGCUUUGGAGCUGAUCAAUUCAACGACGAUCACCGGGAAGAAAGGAAGAAGAAGACGUCCUUCUUCAACUGGUGGAGCUUUACUGUGUGCUUUGCUAUGCUGCUUGGUGCAACAGUGGUUGUUUAUGUUCAAGACUUUGUCAGUUGGGGAGUUGCUAGUCUCAUCAUCACUAUUCUCAUGGCUCUCACUACCAUAGCUUUCUAUGCAGGGAGGCCUUUUUAUAGGUACAAGCAGCCAGCAGGAAACCCUUUUAGGCCAAUUUUACAGGUUUUAGUUGCAGCAAUUAGGAAAAGGAAUUUGUCUUGUCCUUCAAAUCCAGCUCUUUUGUAUGAAAUCCCAGAGUUAGAGAAGUCGCAAGGAAGGCUUCUGAGCCACACUAGCGGACUCAGUUUUCUAGACAAGGCUGCAAUAAUUGAAGAGAAAUAUGUUGAGCAGAAAGAUAAUGCAUGGAGAUUAGCAACAGUGACAAGAGUGGAGGAGACAAAACUUGUUCUAAAUGUAGUUCCCAUAUGGCUAACUUCAUUAACAACUGGAGUAUGCUGGGCACAAGCCUCAACACUUUUUGUCAAGCAAGCAACUACCAUGAAUUUAAAGAUGACCGAAAGUUUCACACUGCCACCUGCUUCCCUUGUUUCUGUUGCGGCAAUUGGUGUCUUAAUAUCUCUCCCAAUAUACGAUAGGGUCAUUGUUCCAAUUCUAAGGAAAGUCACAGGCAAUGAAAGAGGCAUCAGCAUCCUUAGGAGGAUCAGCAUUGGCAUGACAUUCUCAGUCAUAGUCAUGGUUGCUGCUGCCUUAGUAGAAGCAAAGAGACUAAGAAUCGUUGGACAAAGGACAAUGAGUGUGAUGUGGUUGAUACCCCAAUACUUGAUACUUGGCAUUGCAAAUUCAUUUUCUCUUGUUGGGUUGCAAGAGUAUUUCUAUUACCAAGUUCCUGACUCAAUGAGAAGCAUAGGAAUGGCUUUAUAUCUCAGUGUGAGUGGAGUGGGAAACUUCUUAAGCAGCUUUCUAAUCAUCAUUGUGAACCAUGUCACAGGGAAAAAUGGCAAGAGUUGGAUUGGGAAGGACAUAAAUUCAAGUCGUUUGGAUAGGUUUUAUUGGAUGUUGGCUGUCAUCAAUGCUUUGGAUUUGUGUGCCUUUCUCUUCUUGGCAAGGAGUUACACUUACAAGACAGUACAGAGGAGAACUAUGGAUACUGAUGGUUGUAACAAGAGUGAUGGUGUGGAGACAGUGGCAAAAUGAAUUAAUAUAGCUACCUUUCAAUUUGGGAAAUUUUAUUUCUGAAAACUGCAAUUUUAACUUUGGUUGUAAAAUUGGUGAACUGCUUUGUAGAUUUAGAAGAGCUGUCGGAGGAAUAUAAACAACUUAUAUAUGGUAGCUUAAGGAAUAAAUAGGUAUGACCAAAAUAAAAUUGUCAUCGAUAAUUUGUAAAUAAGGUGAAAUUCAUUAUUAUAUUCACUGUUUAAUUAAAUAGUGGGUACUCAUACCCAAUACUCAUUGGAUA